GGGAAGAGUCGUGUCUGUUGCCGUCCUGCCGCGUUAGCCAGAGCCGUGCGCCAGGAGGAAAUAAGAAUAAAAUCCCCCUCGUCCUUUAGAGGAAAGGAACACUACGUCUAAAACUAGCCCAGGUGCAACGAGGCGCAGAUUCUCGUGGAUGAGGAAGUGAACCUUUUUUUUUUUUUUUUUUUAAACUUUUAUUUUUCACCUGAUCCUCUACAGUCAGAGAGGGGGGAAAAAUCACUUAACCGGACGCCAGGCGAUGUAAUGAUCUGUUUUCCGGCGCUUUCUUUCAGUCGUGUGCAUACACUCACCAAAGCUUACCCCGGUGCGUACUGGAGCGCAGAGCAGAGUGACCGGCCAGAACCCGCAACCCCACCAAAAUGAUGCUCAGCUCUCCCCUCCGCUCAUUGCUUCCAGUUGUGGCAGUGCUAAUUCUGACAGCUGUUAAAGUUGCUGAGAGCCAGGAAGUUUCUGAAGACACUAGGACAUCCUCCACCCCUUCUCCAGUUUAUCCCACCAUCAACUUUCAGGUCCAAAAUCUGGACCAUGUGUUUCUCGAACAGGACAGUCCAGAGCCGUCUGGGAACUCGAGCCAGAAAACUCACACUCAGACCUUUCUUAUCACUGGAUCAGGUGCCGGACUCCUAAAACCAGUUGUCAAUGCUUCAUAUGGCCCCAUUUCUGUAGAUGCCUCUAUUUCUCCAGACCUGCUCCUCAGUGGACGUAGGAUCCUGCCAGCCAUUUUGGUCCGCCAGGUUCGUUCCUCUUCCCCUGUUGUCAAGAUUCUCUUCCACAUGCCCACUGAAAGUAACAUCACUGUCAGGCAAGAAUCAUUGAGGUCUAGAGGAGACAAUGGCAGGAAAAACGUCGGGGCUAAGGCCAAGGACGGAGCUCACUGCGUGACAGCUUACGCCUUCUGGGAGACGAGGGAAGUCCGCGGAGCUUGCCUGGUGUCUCCGGGUGGAUUCUGUGUGGCAUCCCUUAAGCCAGAACCCACCUGGUUCAGCUCAUCCAGCAGAUCUGGGAGCUCCAGCAGGGAAGCAGAAAGAAAUGAAGGAAUCAAGGGGCUUCAGGGCAACGUUGUGGAGGUCUACUUCCAGAGUCGGAGGGACCAGACCGGCCAGUGCACCCCACAGGAUAGCCUGCAACGAGUAGGAGUGGGAAGAGGAAGAGACUCUGGAGGAUCAGGGACGCCAAUGAGGAGGAUGGGAAGCGUCAGUCUGCUCAGAGCUUCACCAGUGAACCCCACAUUCCUUCGGUUGAGGCUUGGAGGUGCCGUGGUGGUCCAGACCUCUUCAAAGUUCCUGAGGACAACUGACGUGGCAACUUUCUACAUCUUUCUGGCUAGUACAUCUACCUUGGAAAGCUUCACACUUAGGGCUGCGAUAAAAGCGGGCCUGUCCUUCAGCGCCGCCCGGCCCAGCGACUCGGCGCUGUGGGACGUCUUAGUGGAGCCUGGCAGAGGAGCAACUCCCAACACGGUCUCUGUCACCUGCCGCAGGAAGGUCGCCUUCGCUGCAAAGAGCAGGGGUCUUCUGGAGGUUUUACAACUGGACUUUGCAGCGAAAGACGUUUCAGAGAGGGUUGAGAGCCAGAGCAUCUCCUGGCGUCUGGAGUUGCCAGGGAACAUCAAAGAUGUCGGCAUAAUGAGGAUCUACACCACUCAGAAGGACUACGUGGGGCUGGCUCCUCUGGUGAUGAACACAGAUAUCUUGAAUACUGCGGUGCUUACGGGCAAAAUGGUGUCGGUCCCUGUGAAGACUCUGGCUGUCGAGGCUAAUGGCUCGGUCACAGAUGUGACCAGCUACACUGGCUGUAGGUCUACGGAUGAGGAUGUAGUCAAGGUGUCGGAUCGCUGCGAUUAUGUUUAUGUAAAUGGGAAGGAGACGAGGGGGAAAAGCAGCGUGAUGGUCAACUUUACUUACGGAUUUCUGAGCGCACAGCUGGAGAUGAGCGUGUGGACGCCCCGUCUGCCUUUGCUCCUCGAUGUUUCCGACCCCGAGCUCAGUCAAAUCAAAGGCUGGAGGGUUCCUGUUACUACGGGCAACAGGAGGUCUACAUGGGACAGUGAGGAAGAGGAGGAGAUGAGGAGGGGUCGGGGCUGCAUGCUGCAAUACCAGCACUCCACGGUGAAGGUGCUCGCAACCUUUGUGGCCCGGCCGGACGCAGACGUGCCGCCGGACCCGCUAACUGGGGAGGAGCCCGUUGAAUACUUCCUGGGAUCUGAUUGGAAGGUGGAUGUGACCAAUCUUGUGCGCUCUUCUAUAAAAGUAUCAGAUCCAGAUGUAGCCAGGGUGCAAGAUGGGGUGCUGGUGCAAGGACGAGCAGUUGGCACCACUGCUAUACGGGUGCUGUCCCCUCUGACGUCGUCCGUCCUGGCUGAGAGGAGCAUCAGGGUGGUGGACGACAAAGUCAGCGUGACAGAGCUCGGUGUGAAGUUGGUAUCUGGACUCUCCCUGUCGCUGCAGCUAAGUCCAGGGAGCAACAGGGCCAUUGUCGCCACGGCAACCACGCGGGAGAUGAUCGUGCAGCUCAAACAGGAAGCAGUCGUCAGCUGCUGGGUUCAUUUCAGCGAUGGCGCAGUUGCUCCGCUGGAGCUGUUCGACCGCAGCAUCUACUCCCUGACAGUCUCUACCCCAGAUGAGGGGUUGGCCACAGUACGCCGCACCCCCCAGUCCACAUUUGUAGUAGCGCAAGGUGAAGCUGAAGGCCAGGGGGCGCUAGUGAGGGUAGAGCUGAGGAUCUGCGAGGAAUGCCAGAAGUCUAAGAGGAAGAGCAAGUUGGCAGUUGGCAUGGGGCUCCUCAAGAUCAACUUUGGGAGCGGUAGCAAGGCAGGAGAAGGAGGCACUGAUGGAAAUCAAAAUUUGGAUGGUGGUGCAUCGGAACUCAUAGGUGAACUCAAAACUACAGUGACUUCACAAAGUGCUGCCACAGAUAUGGGCAAAUGGUUGUUCAGAAGCACAAUGCCUGAUCAGCAAGAGUCCACUCUCGCAGACAGUGGCACCUCAAUUCAACCACAUGUUGUGUGGGUUGGAAAGACUACCAAAACUACAAGAGGAACCACCUAUACUGUCACAGCUGCCUCUACAACUAUAAGCACACCAAGCUUUAAAGCACAGUUGAGCACGGCCUUACCUAUAGCAACAACCCUAGAUGUUUCUAGUGAUGGAGAAGAGCAGAAGAGAAGCUACGGAAACAUGCUCGAUGACCCUAAUUCACCUCCCAACAAAGACAUUCCUGAAGCAGAAGUGACACCCAAGAAAGAGCUUCCUAAAUCUAAAACUCCAAAAGUAAUUGAGAGCGAUCUCAUUAGGACAUUCAAAGCCAUGUCGGAUGUGGAGAUUGGCAUGUAUGCCUUGGUGGGCGUCUCCUGUGUAGCGCUCUUGGCUUUUUUACUAAACUGUGUUUCUUACAAUAUAUGUUUCCGGAAUCACAAGACCCCCAUACAGGCUGGCCCACAACCCAGCACAGAUUCAAAGGAUCACAAGCAUGACUGGGUUUGGCUAGGCAGCGGCAAUCAUGGCGCUCCUGCCCCAGGUGCCCCAGCUCAAGUGUCCACAUUAAAGCGUGAGAAUCAUCGCCCUCUGGAAUCCCGUCACUCCAUUGAUUCGAUGGCCCACCGUGGCAUGGAGAACACCCUGCCCACGGUGAGUGCUCCAGCUGUCCCAGAGAGGACCGCCACCCUGGGCCGCAGCAGGACCGUCUCACAGCAACAGUUUCAGACAAAGGCAGUCGACCCCAUGGCAAACCGUUCGGCCACCUUACUGGCAAGACCGCACCGCAGCGAGCCUCUUCAUUCCCCUACUAGCAAGAGGAAUCAGGUUCAGUUCACCACCUUUACCACGCUAGACAUCAAGCACUUGGCUGCACUCAAGAAGAACGGUGUGGACUUAAACUGGGCCAACCAACAGAAACAGCAGCAGCAGCAGGCCCCACCUGGUCCUGCACCUGAGCCCCAAACACCUUUACCUGACAUGCCGUGGCCGGUAGUCAAGCCUCUAGGAGAGCCCCAGUGAGUUUAUAUGUGUGCAUGUGUGGAUGCACAAAUGAGUGAGAGAGAUCACUUGAAAUGAUGGACAGUGUGUUUAAUGAGAUUACAGAAAGGACAUUUUAUAUUUAAAUUGCUCAGUGCAAGCUUGUAAAUAUUGUAUAUAAUGGUGCACCCAUUGAAGACUGACAUUAAACGGGCAAUUUGUAAGAUCGUUUGUAAAAGGGAAAAGUUACUUCAAACUUUCAAAAACCAACCAAAAUGACACUACGUUCAAGAUAUCUGUCUGUUAGCAGUAAGUUAGCAUGCUAAUCGGACAGUACCUGCUCAUGCCUGUCUUGUAAUACCACCUUAUACCAGGACUGGUAGUCACUGAAUUAAGCAAUAAAUGCAGCAAUGGGCAAAGCUCUUGAGAUGCACCCUUCAAAGAGGUAGAUGUACAGGAGAGCUGGCUCGCCAGGGUUUACUUUUAGCCCAGGACAGACCUCCAAGCAUCAGCAAGGCCUGCAAGACUGGUUCCUUCAGUAACCUAAGGUUGUGUAUCUUGUCCAUCAGAUCAUCAUGUAGGUUGGCUAUUGGGAGAUUUCUAUACUGUAGCAGUGUGCGGCAACGGUCAACACAUCAAGCAGUUGCUCUGAUGUCAGUGUACAGUAGAAAUAUAAGGGAAGUUGGAGUGCGUGCUAUUUCUGCUGCGCCAUUUUUUGUGCCCUGUUGUCAGUUAGUAGUUGCUAGCUUUAAACAUUAAUGUUCCUUACAUCUCCUCUACCCUGGUUUAAUAAUCCCCUGACUCAGUAUUUAAAUGCAGGCAUCAAAGCACAGAAUAUCAUAAUGAAAGUAGCUUCAGUGUUUAUCAGAACUAAAGGCAAUCCCAUCUACGGAAAUGUAUUAUACAUCUUUUACAAACCAUAAUACAAACUGCUCCUUUUAUUCUGUGUUCAUUUUUGUAAGAUUAAAGCAGUUUACAUGUUUUUAUCUUUUAUCCCUUGAUGCGUAGUUCUUACAUUUGAAAGAGAAAAAAAAGGGAUUCUGUGUAUAUACAUAUAUCUAUUGUAACUGACUUAUUUCUACAUUUCUAAGUCCAAAUGAAUUUCCAUUCCCUUUUACUUUUGUACAGUUCCGUCGCCCCCCCGUAGAAACAACUCCACACCUUCCUAGUUGUCAGGGUAAAUGCAGUAUUGGAGGGAUUAUUUCUUGCAAGUAAUUCUGUUCUUUUCCAGCCUUUUGUGCUUGCUUUUUUCUUCUUCUUCUGGGAGUCCUCUGGAGAAUACCUGAAGAAUCUGUGCAAUUUGUCAGAAAAUAUGCAACAUUCAUCACGUUAUUUUGAGCAAUCUGUCACCGCAGUCUUCACCAGAUAUUUAUUCAAAUCAAAUGCACGCUAUGCAAAUAUAAUCUGUGCAGAGUUUGACAUUGUUUCUGAUUUUAUUUUACGUUUUAUUCCAACAAUGUUACCUUGGACAUCUGGCUUCACCUGGGGACUUGCUUCUACAAUUUCCAAAGCCAGGUCUAAUCUUUUUGUCUCUCGACGCCGUGCAAUACAUAUUCAACUCUUAAGAUUUUUCAUGUGUGAAUGAAAAAUGAUGAUGCCUUUUCUAUGUCCUCCUAUUUUUUAAACCGAACUGUGACGUGUAUUUCCUAUGAGAUUCUAUCAAUAAAGGACAAAUAGAUACA